GAGAGAGAGAGAGAGAGAAGGCAAAGAGUCAUAGAGAUAGAAAAUUGAGUCUUAGAGAGAGAAAGAGAAGACACAGAGGAUUAUCAGAGGCAUAAAAUGGAGGCUUAGAGAGAGAAAGAGAAGACAAAGAGGAUUAUCAGAGAGGCAUAAAAUGGAGGCUUAGAGAGAGAAAGAGAAGACAAAAGAGGAUAAUCAGAGAGGCAUAAAAUGGUGGCUUAGAGAGAGAAAAUAGAGAGGUCUUAGAGAGAGAAAAUAGAGAGGUCUCAGAGAGAGAGAGCAGAGAGAAGACCGAGACUGUUUCAGCCAUGGUGAAGGCGUCACUAUUUGGUGCCGUUAAGUCUCAUUCCUGGUUUCGCCGCCCAAAAAUCCUCUCUGUCACAGUUACCGUCACCCUCUGCUUCCUAUUCUACCUCCUCGGAAACUAUAAUCAGUCUUAUGGGUCCAGGCCCACCGCCACCCCAACUGCUGGCUUUGUCCGCGGCUGCAAUCUGACGGAAUCCGUCAUCCUGGACUUCGAGCGCCACCACAUGGCGGAGCCCGACUCUGAGUCGGAUGCAGCUGCAGCUAAGGCCCGGUUGUUCCCACCGUGCGAGCCGAGGCUCAGCGAGUACACCCCGUGUGAGGACCGAGACCGGUCGCUGAAGUUCGAGAGGCAGAGGCUCAUUUACAGGGAGAGGCAUUGCCCCGAGAAAGGUGAGCUCUUGAAGUGCAGGAUCCCGGCUCCGUUCGGGUACAAGAGGCCAUUUCCAUGGCCUCAGAGCAGGGAUUUUGCCUGGUUCAAUAACGUUCCUCACAGAGAGCUCAGCGUCGAGAAGGCGGUGCAGAAUUGGAUAAGAGUCGAGGGAGAAAGGUUCCGGUUUCCGGGUGGCGGGACGAUGUUUCCGAGGGGGGCAGAUGCUUAUAUUGAUGAUAUUGAGAAAUUGGUUCCUCUACGGAACGGGUCGAUUAGGACCGCCAUUGAUACUGGUUGUGGGGUUGCUAGUUGGGGUGCUUAUCUCAUGUCAAGGGACAUAUUGGCCAUGUCUUUUGCCCCAAGGGACACCCAUGAGGCCCAAGUGCAAUUUGCCUUAGAACGUGGGGUCCCAGCCAUGAUUGGGGUUUUGGCUUCAAAAAGACUCCCCUACCCUUGUAGGGCCUUUGACAUGGCCCAUUGCUCUCGUUGCCUCAUCCCUUGGCACCUUCAUGAUGGGCAAAACCUUAUAGAGGUGGAUCGAAUUCUUCGGCCCGGCGGAUAUUGGAUUCUUUCAGGACCGCCGAUAAAUUGGAAGACACAUUGGAAAGGUUGGCAGAGAACAACGAAGGAUCUCAUGGCUGAACAAAAUGCGAUCGAGGCGGUGGCUCGAAGCCUCUGUUGGAAGAAGAUCAAAGAGAGGGGUGACAUAGCUGUUUGGCAGAAGCCCUCGAACCAUGUCCACUGUAAAAUCAACCGCAAGGUCUUCAAGAACCCACAAUUUUGCAAAGCCUUGGAUUCGGAGUCGGACUCGGCAUGGUACAGAGAUAUGGAUACAUGCAUGACACCAUUGCCAGAGGUGAAUGAUAUAAAAGAAGUUGCAGGUGGUGAAUUGAAGAGAUGGCCUGAGAGAUUAAUGGCUGUGCCCCCCAGAGUACUUGGUGGAAGUGUUGAAGGAAUUAAUGGUGAAGCUUUCAUCAAAGACACUGAGGAUUGGAAAAAGAGGGUUUCAUAUUAUAAGAUGGUUGUAUAUCAAUUAGGGCAGAAGGGGCUGUAUCGAAAUAUUUUGGACAUGAAUGCCCAUUUAGGAGGGUUUGCUGCUGCACUCAUUGAAGAUCCUGUUUGGGUGAUGAAUGUUGUUCCCCCUCAAGCCAAGGUUGAUACACUUGGAGUUGUCUAUGAGAGAGGGUUUAUUGGCACUUACCAUGACUGGUGUGAGGCCAUGUCGACGUAUCCAAGGACGUACGACCUCCUCCAUGCAAAUGGAGUAUUCACCAUCAACCAAAACAGAUGCGAUAUGGAAGACAUACUGUUGGAAAUGGACAGAAUACUUAGACCAGAAGGGACUGUAAUCUUGAGAGAUGAUGUUGACCUUCUGUUCAAAAUUAAAGAAAUUGCUGAUGCUUUACAGUGGGAUACUCAAAUGAUUGACCAUGAAGAAGGACCUCAUAUUAGAGAGAAGAUUUUGGUUGGAGUCAAACUGUAUUGGACCUCUCCACCUCCUUCCCCUUCUUCUAACCAACAAUUAUCUGCCUCUUCUCUCUCUAACUCUUAACUCUCUCUCUCUCUCUCUGAGUUUUGAUUAAAUUUGCCAAGAUUUUGGCAAAAUUGGCCAUCAAAGUAUUGUGUGUCCAAAAUUGCAAUUAUGGGGGUUGGUUGUGGCAUUCUUUUAUUCUGGCUAAUUGUGGCUCUCUGUUCCAUAAUUUCCAUUUGAUUUGAAAAUAUUGGAAAAUAUUUUAGUUGUCUUUUGUAAUCCUCUGUAAUUUUGUUUUUAUUUUUUGUUGACCUUAUUGUUAAGGUUUUUCCUUUUGCAAUAAUCUUAUAGUUGAUUCAUCAUCAUUGUCUU